UGCGUAUUACACUGCACUGAUGAGUCUCUAUGAUGAAUUUAAUAGGCUGAAACCGCUACAUGCUUGCACGUGUGGCCGGUGUACGUGUAACGUGGCUAGGAAGUUUGCCGCGGACCGUGAGGAGGAACGCUUGCAUCAAUUUUUGAUCGGAAUUGAUGAUGAAAUUUAUGGGACUGUUCGAAGCAAUCUGUUGUCACAAACUCCAGUCCCCGAUAUAGACCGUGUUCAUUAAGCGUUUCUCCAAGAGGAGAAUUCACGAGCAGUGGCUCGUGGUAAACAGCCGGCCGCCGUCGAUGUUCAGGCCUUCGCUCUCAGGAAGGGACGCCAAGAACGUGUGGACACAUCCAAACUCGUGUGCACUCAGUGCAAACAAAAGGGCCACGAAGUUGGAGCUUGUUUCAAAUUGCAUGGAUACCCGGAAUGGUGGGACGAGAGAAACCGAAACAAAGGAGCUGCAGCUGGACGUGGAGGGGGGGGGGGGGGGGGGGGGGCACGCGCGCACGCCGUGUCUUCUUUGCCAUGCAGAAGUGGUUCAAAUGGGAGCAGCGGCAGCGGGAUAUCUUCCCACGGUGAGGCGAACGCUUUGCACGAAUUGAGAAGGGGAUAGGUUCAGGCUCUAUUGAAUUUGAUUAGCGUUGAUUCUAGUUCUUCUGACCGCAUGUCGGGUACGUAUACUUCCCUGCCAUGGAUUAUUGAUAUCGGGGCGUCACACCACGUCACGGGAAAUUUGUCUUGUUUGAGUCAAUGUACUCGUAUCAAUUCUUGCCCUGUUGGCUUACUCGAUGGAAGGACGGUUUCGGCCGAGAUGGAGGGGCGUGUAUCUCUCAAUAAAUAUUUGGUACUUGAUCGUGUUCUUUAUGUGCCUGGACUAAAUUGUCACCUUAUAUCUGUCUCUCAACUGAUUGACAAGACUGACUGUAUUGUUACUUUCACUAAUUUAUUUUGUGCUAUACAGGACCUACGCUCGAGGAACCUGAUUGGAACAGGUGAACGGAGAGGUGGACUGUAUUAUUUUCGGGGGAUUCCUGAACUACAUGCUGUUUGCACCUCAGGUCUGUCAGAUUUUGAGUUAUGGCAUCGUCGUCUGGGUCAUCCGUCGGAUCGAGUUGUGAAGUUGUUGCCUCAGAUAACUAGUAGUACUUGUGAGAAAAAAUUAAAUAAAGCUUGUGAGGUGUGUCCACAGGCCAAGCAAGCACGUGAUUCUUUUCCUGUCAGUAAUUUUAGAGCUAGUCGUAUUCUGGAACUAGUACAUUGUGAUUUGUGGGGACCGUAUAAGGUUCCUUCCACUUGUGAUGCUAUUUAUUUCCUGACUUUGGUUGAUGAUUUUUUCCGUGUUGUAUGAGUGUAUUUAUUGCGUGACAAAAAGGAAAUGAUUCAUUUAUUUAUCUCCUUUAUCACUAUGGUCGAGAAACAAUUUGAGGUGACUGUGAAAAAUGUUCAUAGUGAUAACGGGACCGAGUUUAAGUGUAUGUCAUCUUAUUUUGAAACUCAUGGGAUUAAUUUUCAAACCUCGUGUGUUGACACUCCUCAACAGAAUGGUCGUGUUGAGCGCAAGCACUGUCAUCUUUUAAAUGUGGCACGAGCCUUGAUGUUCCAAGCUAGUAUCCCCAUUCGUCUGUGGGGAGAGUGUGUGCUCACGGCUGUGCACGUCAUCAACCCCACACCUUCUGGUUUACUAGGGGGCAAGACCCUAUAUCAAGUACUCACUGGUAAGAUCCCGGAUUUCUCUCACCUACGCGUCUUUGGAUGUUUGGCUUUUGCAUAUAAUUUGAAGUCUAGAGGUGAUAAAUUUGCUCCCCGUAGUAGGCGUUGUGUGUUUGUUGGCUAUUCUUCCGGGGAAAAGGGUUGGAAAAUGUAUGACUUCGCCACGGGUGACAUCUUCGUGUCUCGAGACGUCAAAUUCCAUGAAGACAUUUUCCCUUUUUCUGAAUAGUCACCGCCGGCGACGCCUCUAGAGUAGGAUGGUGGCGUGAUUAUUUUUUAUGAUUCCGAAGGGGCGUACCGCAUGCAGAUACUUCGGUUGGGUCCACUCCGGAUCCAACAGCUGCUCCGGCCAUUCCAGCUCCCCCGAACGCUGCUCUUGGACGGGGAUUGCGUGACAAACAAACAUCUGUCUUGCUUCGUGACUUUGUCGCUCAUCAUGUUCAAAAAUACAGUCCAUCUCCACCGUCAUCUUCUUCUCUCGGUUCCUCAGGUACGCCAUAUCCUUGAGCACAUUAUAUAAAUUGUGAACGUUUUUCUAUUCGUCAUCGCAAGUUUCUUGGAGCUAUACUUGCAGGACAGGAACCCCGGUCUUUUCGCGAGGCCAUGACUGAUCCAGGAUGGCGUGCUUCCAUGCAGAAUGAAAUACGAGCUCUUGAAGACAAUCACACUUGGAUAUGGUACAUCUGCCUCCGGGGAAGCGAACACUUGGUUGUAAAUGGGUUUACAAGACCAAAUACAACUCUGAUGGCACGGUGGAACGACUUAAGGCGCGGCUGGUUGUGCUUGGCAAUCAUCAAUGCGCAGGUAUUGAUAAUACAGAGACUUUUGCUCUUGUUGCUAAAAUGGUCACCGCGCGGGUGUUUUUAGCUGUUGCUGCGGCUAAAAAUUGGGAGCUACACCGGAUGGAUGUGCAUAAUGCCUUUCUUCAUGGAGAUCUCGGUGAAGAAGUCUACAUGAAACCUCCCCCCGGUUUUUAUCCUUCUCGGCCAUCUUCCAUUUGUAAGCUGAACAAAUCCCUUUAUGGACUUCGUCAGGCUCCGCGGUGUUGAUUUGCCAAGCUUGCUUCGUCCUUACGGGGUUACGGUUUUUCUCAGUCUAAAUCUGAUUAUUCCUUAUUGACUUAUUGUCGCGGUGCCAUACGCAUGCAUAUUCUCAUCUUUGUGAAUGACCUUAUUAUUGCUGGCAACAACUCUCUUGCCCUUUCUCGGUUCAAAGAAUAUUUACACAAUUCUUUUCACAUGAAAGAUUUGGGCCCUCUCAAGUAUUUUCUCGGGAUUGAGGUGGCACGGAGUGGUGAAGGCUUACUUCUUUGCCAAAGGAAGUAUGCAUUAAUUAGAUAUUAUUUCUGAGGCUGGUCUACUUGGUGCUAACCCCUCUUCUUGUCCCAUGGAGCCAAAUCACUCCUUGGCGUUAGCGACGGGAGAUCUUAUCUCGGAACCCAAGUCCUAUCGUCGUCUCGUGGGACGGCUUAUUUAUUUGUCUUUCACCCGUCCCGAUUUGGCCUAUGAUGUUCAUAUUUUGUCUCAGUUUAUGCAGGCCCCGCGACAUGAACAUUGGCACGCCGCUCUCUGUGUAGUCCGUUACCUUAAAGGUGCACCUGGCCAAGGCAUUCUUCUCCCUUAUGCUUCGGAUCUACAUCUUACGGCUUGGUGCGACUCGGACUGGGUGAGCUGUGCUCCCACCCGCCGCUCGCUCACUGGUUGGUUGAUUUUUCUUGGACACUCUCCUAUUUCUUGGAAGACCAAGAAACAACAUACGGUGUCCCGUUCUUCUACGGAGGCGGAAUACCGGUCUAUGGCUGCGGUAACUGCGGAGCUCAAGUGGCUCAAAGGACUUUUAUUGUCUCUCGGGGUCGUGCACAAUCGACACGUGUCUCUGUUUUGUGAUAGUCGCUCUGCUCUCCAUAUUGCUCAGACCGCCGUGUUUCAUGAACGUACCAAACACAUAGAGGUUGAUUGUCAUUAUGUACGGGACGCUAUUCAGGAUGGCUUGCUCACGACCCGUCAUGUUUCUACUGGUGAUCAACUUGGUGACAUUUUCACUAAAGCUCUGGGACAACGACAAUUUCUUUUUUUCUUCUGAGCAAGUUGAGCAUUCUCAACCCCAUACUCCAACUUGAGGGGGAUGUUAUGGGCUUAUUUAUUUUGUUUGUAUAUUUUAAUUCUAGCCUUAAUUGUAAAUUAAAUGGGCAAGGGCUUCUUGUAC